AUGGUUCUACAACAUUCUGUCACCGAAAUAAAUGAUUCUGUCACACGGACGUAUCAAACAUUCGCGCGUCGUUUGAGUGUCGACAUGAGUUUAAAAACUGUGACGCUCCUGGAAGCCGGGGCCGUCAGCAUGUGCCUCGUCGCAAACUUCUUGAAAGCUGAUCAAAAGCACGUAGCUAUAUUAAAAUCGGAGCACCUGGAAUUGUUAUCAAUUACGGGCAGACGCGUCUAUAGAAUGUACAUUGGGAAACUGAUAUCCAUGAGUCGUGUCCGUUGGUCCGGUGACACCAUCGAUUUUUUGUUCGUGUUGCUUGACACAUUCCAGACGAAAGUAAUUCGAUUUUAUUCCACCGGUGAUAUUAUUAUUGCCAAGGAACGUAUAAAAAGUGCCUUGUCGCUGCCUGACCCGUACAGUCCGCAGUGUGGGGUGUUUUGCGCUGUGGAUGAGAGGACCGGGGACGGUUGGAUAAACACCACAGAUUAUUCGUUCAGUCUGUUUAAUGUUUUUAGCACUAACCAUCAUUUGAACGAACUCUGCUUCACAACCAAGAAAAUGUAUGUCCUCCAAAUGCAGACCCUCAAGAAAAAUAUUCCGACUCUUUUGGUGAUGACGCGGGAAGGGCAAGACCAAUUUUUCAUCGAAUACUCCCGUAACCGUGAGAAUGUUUUUAAGUGCAACAUGUGGAGGUUCCAUUCCCAUGCACUGACUACAUUUACCAGUUUGAAUGAGAAGAUAUUGGUGGUGUUUGGACACAAACGAGUUUUGCUGACCCAUCAUGACAAAAACCACUGCCAACCUUUGGCAUGCGACCUUAUAAGAGACAUAAAGUGUUGCACCGUAAUUAAUGAAUCUCUGUUGGUAGUUGGGAACCCCCUUGGUGACUUGUAUGUAGUUACCAUUCCGGAUUCAGGAAAAACUUCGAUCAUUGUAAAACAUCUGGGCACAUUUUCGGAGCUGGAAUGUUUAGCCCACUUGAACGACAACGUCUUGUUCGUUGGCUCCCUAACCGGAGACUCCAAAAUGAUCUUAAUAGACAAUUAUGAAAAGCCAUCAUACAAAGAAAUCAGCACUUACCCCAAUAUCGGACCUGUAAUUGAUUUCUGCGUUGUCGACCAACAAGAAGCAGACUUGGCCAAGUACAUAUUGUGUACCGGCCAAGUGGAAAAUGGUAACCUUGUGACGGUUUCGAAGGCGUUAGAUGUAACCGAGAAAGCCGUAAUCGAACUGCCAAAAGUCCAGAGAGUUUGGAGCAUUUGCGAGAAUCUAGUAGUGGCUACAUUUGUGGGCGUAUCAAGGAUCUACCGCGUUACCGACAAGGAAGUCAAAGAAAUAUCCCUGGAAGGGUUUAAUGAAACCUCCGGUACGGUGUGUUGCAAAACUGUGGAAGAAACCUUGUUUGUGCAAGCGACCGAACAAUCAGUACGAUUAAUUUGUUCUCGUGAGCAAAUGAUAUGCGACGAAUGGAAACCAUACAACAAACAACCUAUAAUAAAAGCUGUUUGUAAGGGUUGCCACAUUGUUUUAAGUACUGGCAAAGAUUUAUAUUACUUAAGGAUCAUAGACCGGCUCGUGGAGUUAAGAAACUUCCAACGUACCACCAGCGAUGUUGCUUGCUUGGAUGUGCGUCCUGUUAAGGGAAAUAUGGGCCACGUUGCUAUUGGAUUCUACGACAAUACAGUGUCAAUUUUGCGACUACCAUGUUUUAGUGAAGUUAAGAAGAUGGACUUCGAUGAAACUAUGAUCAGAUCAUUGUUGUUCGCUACAAUCCAAGGUACGAGUUACUUUUUCUGUGGUUUAGGAGAUGGACGAGUCAGUUGUUACAGAAUAAACAUGUUCACAUGUGAGCUCACACAACGCAAAAUUUUUACCGUGGGUACAAGACCAGUGAAGUUCCAAGUUUAUGAAACGAGGGGUGCCAGACGAGUUUUUGCUUAUGCUGAUCGUUGUGCGUCAUUUUUUACUUAUAAAGGUCAUCUCAUAUGCUUUCCGGUGGAUAUAAGUGAUGUUCAAGAUGCUUGUGUAAUAGCCCAAGGUCCAUUUGCUCACAAUUUUAUAUUUGCUAAAGACCAAUUUCUUGUAAUGGGAACCAUUGAUCAAAGUAAGAAAUACGUUGCUUACAGAGUACCAUUGGCAGUUAAUCCAAAAUUUAUAGCUUUUGACGAUGAUGCUAAGAUUAUUGCACUUGGUAUAAGUGCUAAGGUAUAUGGGGAUAGUGGGGACAUUGAAGUUGAGAAUGGUAUAGAUAUAUUUGAUUAUUACACUAUGAAACUUUUGUAUAUGUACGAGGAUCUAUCUCAGACUGAGAGAGUUUCCAAUUUAAUAUCAUGCAAAUUUGAUGAUAACAUUUACUUUGUCAUGAGCACGUACUGUGAAGGUCAACCAAACAAAUCUAAGUUGUAUGUUCUGGAUUGGUAUCACAGAAAACUUAGAACCUUAUUUAAGAAAGAGUAUGACGUUUUAAUAUACACUGUUCAGAGUUUUGAAGGAGACAUUUUAGUCGGUACAAGUGAGGCUUUAUGGGUUAUGCAAUGGACCGAAGACCGAGUACUUGAGAAGAUCAGUGAAGAUGAUGCAAAUCCCUCUUGUAUCAACCUUAAUGUCCACGAAGACUUCAUUUUAACGGGAAUAUUUUCCCGCACCUUAUAUUUGCAAAGAUAUUGCCAAAAACACAAAUUGUUUCAAACAGUUACUAAAUUUAAGCGACUAGACAUGGUCACGUCAAUGUAUCUAAUGAACAGCAGAACAUUUUUAUGCGUCUCAAGUGCGCACAAUCUAUAUUAUUACAGGUGUUCCCAGAAGUUCAUCAGGGAAUACUGCAUCCCGUUUGGCGACCACGUGAACAUGUUUCGUCGAGGUCCACUUAAACAUUCCGUCGUCUUUGGAACCACCGCGGGAGCUUUGAUUCUGGCCUACAACUUGACUGACUACUCUUUGCUUUCCACUAAGAAAGUCCUUGAAUGGUCCACCCAAUCGCAAUUUCCGCAUAGGUUUCGACGCAAAUCAAUCCAAACGGAGGACAAACUUCUGGAAUUCUAUGACCACUUGACGCCAGAACAGCUGCAAGAGUUUGCACACGACUUGGAAUCCUCGGUGCAAGAUUUGUAUGCUUUCAAGGACGAUAUUGAUAAAUUGGACACGAUGGUGCAAAUUUUUGUCAAGGAUGUGAAAUUGUAA